AUGGCAUCACUUAAUGAAAAUGAUUUUAAUGAUCUCUUGAAAACUUUGCCUGCCUAUGAAAUCUAUAAGAAGUUUGAUGACGCAAAUGAUAUUUUGGAAUACAAUGAUAAAUGUAAUGAUUUAGGAACAAAUGAUGAAAAUUUUAAAGGACUUUGUAAAAAAUUUUUGAGUGCUAUAAAAAAGUUAUCUGAAAAUAAUGAUACUAUUGAAAAAAAUAAAGAACAUAAUUCAUUAGGGUAUUGGAUCAUUGAAGAAUUAUGGAAGUAUUAUAGGAAUAAUAAUAAAAAUAUUCACAGAGGCAUAAUUGAUAACCUUAUUAUUAAGCUAAAUCAACACUGUUUAGAUUUGAACUUAAAUCGUUUGUUCUAUAACUCAGAUUUUGACAUCAAUUUGUCUAAAGAGGAGAAAUAUUUGCUUGAUUAUUUUAAAAAUUAUGAAAAAAUUAUCUCCUGCUCAAGACAAGAUUGCGAGAAGUAUCUUAAAUACAUAACUUAUAUUGAAAAAAUAUAUUUUAAUCAUAGAGAAGACUGCUUAGGAAAUGUAUGUUACUAUUUUAAUUAUAAUAAGAAGUAUAACCCAAGUGAUCUUCUACAUAUAUUAAAAGAUAAGAUUCAGGGGUCCUAUGAAGCAAGAAAAAAUUUUGGUAUGUCAUUAAGCCUUAAAAAACAAGCGGAUACAGAUAAUUCAGAAGAAAAUGUUAAAAUGGUAAUAAAAUAUAUUCUAUGUACAAAAACAGAUGAUGUGAAUAAAAAAUUUCUUGGGUAUAAGUGUGAAGACCCUUCUUAUCGUCAAAACUCGGAAAAAUCUAUGUUUUUUAAAACCUUAGAUAAAAAAAAAGAGAUUUCACAUACUGACAUAAAAGAUGCUUUGGGAUUAAUAAAUGAUCGUCGAUGCGAAAAAAAAAUUGACGAAACAACCGGAAAAGUAAUUGAGUUAUAUUGCAUGAAUGAAGAGUUCACUGAUAUUUUAAAGAAAUUAAACUCAAACAAAGAUGUUAGAAAGCCUAUAAUUACAAAUACAGUAGGAGAAGGAUCGGCAGUUUCCAGUAAAAAAAAUACUGAGUUAGCAAAUAGAACUGUUGGAGCACAUGAAAAUAACUAUUCUGAGGGGUUUUUGUCAGGCAUAGAAUUAUUGUCUGUUAAUCGUGAAGUACCACCUACUGAAUUAGACACAAAAAAUUUUAAGGAUCAGAGAAAACUUAAUUUUCCUAUUUCACGAGAUGUUACAUUAUUUCCUGAAUAUUCCGACCAAUAUCGCGUAGAAUAUAUUGAUAAGGAUAUACCUGAUUGUAAAAUUUAUACCAGAAUACACGGAAAAUUAGCUUGUAAACAUAAAAUAGAUACAAAUGAUUUUAUAGAAAAAAUUAAUAAAUCUAUUUCUGUUAUAUCAGAUAUGGAAAAUGAAAUUAAAAAUAUGGGUAAAUAUGAAACAGUUAUCAUACCAGAUGGGGACUCUAGUAUAAUGGGUUCUAGUAUGUUUCGAAUAGCUACGAUAACACUUUUAAUAUUUGGUGUAUUGUUUGUUUUUUUUAUAUACUUUAAAUUUACUCCAUUUGGAACCUGGUUGAGGAAGAAUGUCUUAAACAGAAAACGAAUAAGAAAUAAUGAUUAUGCAGAGCAUAUGCAAAAUCGACGAGUACGUGUUCCUGGACCAAAUAAUACAAAUCAUAAAAAAAAGAAAGCCAAAAUAGCUUAUCAUUCCAAAUGA